AUUUCGUAAAAGUCCUUGGUCAAAAGCCAUGUGGCAGAACUUCGUUCUUCGAGAUCAACGCAAAUGCAAGAAAUUCACCGCAUUCCGGAUUUACACCUGUAUCUAUGUAUGUCAAUUGUGAUUUUGUGUCUUUGGACAAAGUCACAAUGCAAUGGAAUCAUCUCGUUGAUGUUGAUUGGACGGUUUUGGAUCGUAACUUCGAUUUUGGUAUAAGUUUGGCAUCGAGACGAAUUCUUCGUUCUGAUGUCAAACCAUUCAAUACGUUCAUGAAAAAGGUCUCAGUUAGUCCAACGAACAAUAUGAUAACUUAUGAGAACAUUGUUGAUUAUCUUCACGUGAAAUCCAUCAAUUAUAAGCAAGUGGCAAAAUAUAUGUUGCAUAAACCUUUCAUUGCGGAAUUGACUCGCAUUGAGCAAGUGCCCCUUUCGGAGCAAUCAAAUUGUCGUAAAAUGCUUGGAAAGACAGGUCAUGGUUCUUACUGGUAUACUAUUGAGGUUUAUAAUGAUAAACACGGUGAAUGUCUCAAGAAUAACGAGACUCUUGGCCCUGGGCAAAUUGCGAGUUGGACUGUUGAGGAUAUUAUUGGAGAUGAAUCGACUAGACUUCACCUUAUUGAAUAUAUAAAAGCUAUGCUUUUAUUAGUUGAACGUUGUCAUAAGCCCGUGGAAGUCUACAAAGAAGAUUCAAAGAAAAAAGAUAGUAUUAAGAAAGUUCAGGACCGAAUUGCGAAUUUAUCACUAAAUGAUUCUUAA